AUGGCCAUGGCCACAUCGGCUCGUACUCGUACUCCAGAACUUAGAAAAUCGUUGCAAAUGGGCCACCUCCUCGCCCUACCUCCAGAACUUGUGCAAGGGAUUCUAAGCUCGCUUCCUACCAGUGACAUCCUUGCGGCAAGUUUGGUGAAUAAGCGAAUACAUCAAGCCGCCCUCACUUGUCUCUAUGCAGACAUCACAAUUACUUGGACACUAGAUGGUCCACCGCCCAUGCCUAUAAUGCUGGUACUGCGGAGUAUUCUCGACCGCCCUGACCUGGGCCGUCUCGUCCGGCAUCUUCGCCUAGAUGGCAAAGGAUUUGACAGAAGCACCGACAUCAACCGGACAGACCCAAUGCCUCCUCCUUUACACACAUCUGUUGUCCCAAUGAGAAAAGCAUCCAGUGUUAUCCAGUCGACUAAAAUGUUAGCUGCAGACCAUUGGAUCCAAGGCAUAUCGUCUGGUGUCGUGGAUGCCGUGGUGGCGCUCCUAAUGGCCAUGAUGCCAAACUUGGUAUCCCUAUAUCUCGGUCCCAAUUUCACUAUUAGAAAUGGACAUACCGGAGCAAUGCUCCGAUCCUCUAUUUGCCAACCACAUCAAGAUCAAGUCGGGGCCCCUGCCUUCACGAGCCUUCAGAGUGUCACCGUUACCUCUCGGACCGACGAAUUGUCCCACCGUUCAGAGGACAACUCACUUGAUGUGCUACCGUUUUUAUACCUCCCAAAUCUGGAGUAUUUAUCCGUUUCGAUAGAUAAUUCCAUCGACUUCGUCUGGCCAGGAGGGUAUGCACCAAGGCCAACAAGGAUAAAAUGUCUCGAGCUCUAUAGAGUGCGAGAAAGUCGACUGAAACUAAUUCUGGCUACUCUGAAUGACUUAGAGAAGCUUUCCUGGCGAUGGUUUUACUACGAAUACCUAGACAAGCAUGUCAGCAAACCCAUUAUCGAGCUUGAUGUAAUUUUGCAAGCACUCCAACCGAUCCAGCACUCUCUACUAGAACUGGAUAUUGGUGCCUUGUUUGUAGAUUGUGAAGACACAAUAGACUUUUCGCCGUCCCUGUUCACGAUUCAAUCAUCACUCGACGACCUAUCACAGUUUCACAAGCUACAAAAUCUCAGCCUGCCGUGGGUUUUUGUCAAGGGCUUGUCAGAAUCGUCGGGCAUGAAUUUCCCGACCUUUCCGGCCAGUCUUGAGCAGCUCACAUUAACGAAUGGACUAUUCAGUCAGGAAAUAGUUGAAUGGGAGGAUGGAGAUAUCUUCCUGGCGGUUGAGUCUUGGUUGACUGUCAAAGGCAGCCUCAUGACCAGUCUCAGAACAAUCAACCCCCCAGUUCCUAAGGACUGGUAUGCGCGGGACAGCACAAACGAGGACAACAUUCAAGCAGCCGCGAAAUGGGCUACAGCGCUAAGCACCAAGACCGGCCACAAUGUAACGUGGAGAAAGUCUCCUGACGAGAUUGAUGAUCGGGGAAUUUACUAG